AGUGAAAUUCCGCUCCCUUGCUUUGAGUUGCCAAAGACGCUUUCAGCUUCAAGAGUUAUCUGCAAGAUUAAUAUUUGGGGGAAUGAAGAGAAGAUAUUUGAAGUAGACUUUUGUGAAUCUUAAUCAGAUGUUUGUUACCAUGAAAGUUAUACAUAUUUACCGUGAUAGAGAAACGAAAGAAAUUCUGAUCAUUAUAUGAUGACAUGUAAAUAUUUUUUUUGUGUUUACAACUUACACAUGAUAGUUGAGGUUUGGUAAAAAAUUAAAGAUGACAGGAAUGGACAAGAAGUCGAAAAAGCCGCUGAGAAUAAAAAUAAUCAGCAUGGGGAACGCUGAGACAGGAAAGAGCUGCAUCAUUAAGCGAUAUUGUGAGAAGAGGUUUGUUCACAAGUACCUAGCCACUAUAGGGAUUGAUUAUGGGGUAACAAAAGUGACGGUCAGAGACAGAGAAAUUAAGGUGAACAUCUUUGAUAUGGCUGGACAUCCCAUAUUUUACGAGGUGCGGAAUGAGUUUUAUAAGGACACACAGGGAGCUGUGGUCGUAUUUGACGUUAACGAUAGACAGAGUUUUGACGCACUUGACAGCUGGAUGCUGGAAAUGCAGAAUGAAAUUGGGAACCAGUCAGAAAUGGACAACGUUGUCGUGUGUGUUUGUGCUAACAAGUCGGAUAAGAAGAGGGUGGUGGAUGAAGCUGAGGCCAGAAUCUGGACAGAGACCAAGGGCUACCAUUACUUUGAGACGUCAGCCCAGACGGGAGAGGGUGUGUCAGAAAUGUUCCAGACGCUGUUUGAGUCUGUUGUCACGGCUUUUGAGAACGGAGGAAAGCGAGUCCCAGUACAGACCACACUUGGCUACUCAAAGGAGCAGGUGGAUGCCAUUCAGAAACUCCGCAAUGCAAAAAACGAUUAUGAGAGACUGGGACUGCCUCCAGGUGCUACAAAGGAUGAUGUAAAUCGUGCGUACAGGAAGUUGGCGGUCCUGCUCCACCCAGACAAAAGCGUGGCCCCUGGGAGUGAGGAAGCCUUCAAACUUCUGGUGGCUGCCAGGACGACACUACUGAAGCGCUGCCAAUAGCGGCCCCCACUGCCCUCAUGUCUUUCUAUCAAAAUCUGUGAUAAACGCUACAUCAUCUCAUCCCACCAAGCUAUCAUACCAUUCUAAAAGCAUCACUGCAGAGUUCAGUUCCACUCUGUACCAUUUGUAACUGUAGAUCUGAUGUUGUGUCAUCAUUGAAGCAUUCUCAUGUGUGUCACUAAGGUUAUUUCCUCAAUAAAAGUUGAAUUUCUGGACCAGAGAAAUCAACAGGAUAAAAAAGUGCUGUAAUAUAUUGUAACAAUAUCUGUGCUGAAACAUCAUAAAUGGAAAAAAUAUGUGUGUAAUUGUAGAUUUGUAGAGUUAUUUAGAAUUUAAUUCACCAAUGAUCGAUUGUACAGUUGUGUUUUAUUUGGUGUUGUGUUAUAAUGCAUAGCAGAAUGUGUGAGUAUUGGAUAGAAUAGGUUAUACAUACAUGUACACCUGUACUUAUGUAGAUUAUUUUAAUUGUGAUCCAGUGGGUCAAAAUGUUAUGUAAUAUUACAGCCUUCUCUGUUUCUCUGAUCAAAUACAGCUACCAUCUGCCAGGAUUUUUAUUUACAAAUGUUUAC